GCUCAUUUCGGAGACGGCCAUUACGAACGGGGUUGAUGACUUUUUGUUACGUGAUAAAAACACUUAGGGGCGUUACACAGAACUGCUGCCCCUUUGGAGAUAUUUAAGCUCCAGAUUCAAGCCUUUUUUUUUUUUUUUAAAAAAAACCUAAAACCUCGGAAGCGAGUCUGGGCAGGAGGAGGAGGGCGCUAGCACUACGUGGAGCUGAAUUUCAAAUUACGUAACAGUUAAGGCAGCCAUUACUGACCGCUUGAACGGUAGUCUCAAGCAGGAAUACGUAAACCAUGAAGAAUAUGAGGGAAAAGGAGCAGUUCCGCAAACUGUUUAUUGGCGGCUUAAGCUUUGAAACAACAGAGGAAAGCUUGAGGAGUUACUAUGAGCAAUGGGGAAAGCUUACAGACUGUGUGGUAAUGAGGGAUCCUGCAAGCAAAAGAUCAAGGGGGUUUGGUUUUGUAACGUUCUCCUCCAUGGCUGAAGUUGAUGCAGCCAUGGCUGCAAGACCUCACACGAUUGAUGGAAGGGUGGUUGAGCCUAAGAGAGCUGUGGCUAGAGAGGAAUCUGGAAAACCUGGUGCUCAUGUCACUGUGAAAAAACUAUUUGUUGGUGGUAUUAAAGAGGACACUGAAGAGCACCACCUUCGUGACUACUUUGAGGAAUAUGGAAAAAUCGACACUAUUGAAAUCAUUACUGACAGACAGUCUGGUAAAAAAAGAGGGUUUGGAUUUGUUACAUUUGAUGACCAUGAUCCCGUGGAUAAAAUUGUAUUGCAGAAGUAUCACACCAUCAAUGGCCAUAAUGCAGAAGUAAGGAAAGCUCUCUCUAGACAGGAAAUGCAGGAAGUUCAAAAUUCUAGAAGUGGGAGAGGAGGGAACUUUGGGUUUGGUGAUGCACGUGGAGGUGGUGGCAACUUUGGUCCAGGACCUGGCAGCAAUUUCAGAGGGGGAGCCGGUAAGACAGAUGGAUAUGGAAGUGGCCGUGGAUUUGGUGAUGGGUAUAACGGUUAUGGUGGAGGACCUGGAGGUGGCAACUUCGGUGGCAGUCCUGGUUACGGAGGAGGAAGAGGAGGAUAUGGUGGAGGAGGACCUGGAUAUGGCAACCAGGGUGGGGGAUAUGGAGGUGGUUAUGACAACUAUGGAGGAGGCAAUUAUGGAAGUGGAAACUAUAAUGAUUUUGGAAACUACAACCAACAACCUUCAAAUUAUGGUCCAAUGAAGAGUGGAAAUUUUGGUGGCAGCAGGAACAUGGGAGGACCAUAUGGUGGAGGAAACUAUGGUCCAGGGGGCAGUGGAGGAAGUGGUGGAUAUGGGGGGAGGAGCCGUUAUUGAGUUUCUGCAAGCAUGCCAUGGGCUUCACUGUAUAAAUAGGAGAGGAUGAGAGCCCAGAGGUAACAGAACAGCUUCAGGUUAUCGAAAUAACAAUGUUAAGGAAACACUUAUCUCAGUCAUGCAUAAAUAUGCAGUGAUAUGGCAGAAGACACCAGAGCAGAUGCAGAGAGCCAUUUUGUGAAUGGAUUUGGAUUAUUUAAUAACAUUACCUUACUGUGGAGGAAGGAUUGUAAAAAUGCCUUUGAGACAGUUUCUUAGCUUUUUAAUUGUUGUUUCUUUCUAGUGGUCUUUGUAAGUGUAGAAGCAUUCCUUUGAUAAUGUUAAAUUUGUAAGUUUCAGGUGACAUGUGAAACCUUUUUUAAGAUUUUCCUCAAAGUUUUGAAAAGCUAUUAGCCAGGAUCAUGGUGUAAUAAGACAUAACGUUUUCCUUUUAAAACUUUAAGUGCGUGUGUAGAGUUAAGAAGCUGUUGUACAUUUAUGAUUUAAUAAAAUAAUUCUAAAGGAAA